AUGAGUGCAUCACAAACAUACAUGACCACCACGGAUGAAGACACUAUUUAUAUAUUUUAUAUAUAUAGAAGCAAUGUUACUCAUCCAGUUGAAGCCCUGAAGCACAUAGAAGAAAGGAGGACAGGGCCACACCUAAACAAGACAAAUCCAUCAGUAACGUCACCGUGGAACCUGGUGUCACUAAAGCUCCUCUGUGCUUAUAAAAGCUGCUGUUUGUUCAGUGUUACACAUCAGCAAGCAAACAUCAAAGAGCUCAGAAGAGCAGGAUCAGAAAUCAGGGAGCCUCACAGCGUUGGAACGGUUCAUCAUCAGCAGGAGAAAUCUAACCAUGAUGAAGGUGUACGUCAUCCUCCUUUUGAUUGUUGCUUCAGGAACAACACAAACAACAACAAACUCACCAACAACUACAGACAUGACAACUACAGCUGUAGCAACAACUACAACUACAGACACAACAACUUCAGCUGCACCAACAACUACAACAACUACAGCCACUCCAACAACUACAACAACUGCAACAAGUACCACAACUACAUCAACAACUACAGCUGCUCCAACAACAACAGCAACUACUACAUCUACACCACCACCAACAACAACUACAGCUGCACCAACAACAACAUCAACUACAACAACCACAACUGCUCCAACAACUACAACCACAGCUACAACCACUACAGCUGCACCAACAACUACAACUACAGAUACAACAACUACAGCUGCACCAACAACUACAGCUGCACCAACUACUACAACAACUACAGCUACUCCAACAACUACGACAACUACAGCUGCUCCAACUACAACAACCACUGCCACAACAACUACAACAACUACAGCUGUACCAACAACUACAGCUGCAGCAACUACUACAACAACAGCUGCUCCAACAACUACGACAACUACAGCUGCACCAACAGUAACCGCCACAGCUACACCAACAAUAACAACCACCACAGCUGCACCAAACACAACAACCACCACAGCUACACCAACAAGUACAGCAACUACAGCUGCACCAUUAACUACAACAACCACCGACACAACUACAACAACUACAUCUACACCACCAACAACAACAACUACAGCUGCACCAACAACCACAUCAACUACAACAACCACAACUGCUCCAACAACUACAACCACGGCUACACCGAUAUCUACAACCACUACAGCUGCACCAACAACUACAACUACAGAUACAACAACUGCAGCUGCUCCAACUACAACAACCACAGACAUAACAACUACAACAAUGACAGCUGCUCCAACACCUACAACAACUACAGCUGCAACAACAACAUUCACCACAGCUACACCAACAACUACAACAACUACAGCUGCACCAUCAACUACAACAACCACAGCUGCACCAACAACCACAACAACCACGGACACAAUAACUACAGCUGCUUCAACAGCUACAGCUGUACCGACAACUACAACUACAGCUGCACCAACAACAACCACAGCUGCUCCAACACCUACAACAACUACAGCUGCCCCAAUAACUACGACAACUACAGCUGCACCAACAACAACCACCACCACAGCUUCACCAACAACUACAGCUUUACCAUCAACUACAACAACCACAACUGCACCAACAAUUGCAACAACCACAGACACAACAACUACAACAAAUACAGCUCCUCCAACAACUACAACUGCUCCACCUACUACAACAACUACAGCUGAACC